UAAACACAUUUUCGUCAUCAGGAUUUAAGCCACAAGAUUCGCGUCAUUACGAGCCGCGCGCGCAUUCCUCAGCAGGAUCUGCGCAUCUUCAAUUGCAAAUUGUUUUCUGCUCUUCACGAAGAGCGCUGUUUUAAAAGCGUCCACAGUCAUGUUCAAGCGGCGAUUGGCGAAGCGCUUCAGCUGAAUUAUUGUCUUUCAAGAAAAAAAAAAAAGAAAGAAAGAAAAAUGGAACAGCGGCUCUCCAAACAAGAAAGCAAAAACAUGGAUGCGUGUCUAAGACGACUGAAGCAAGAACUGUUGUCUAUGAAAGAAGCUGGAGAUGGCCUCCAUGCUCAGAUGAAUUCAAUGAUGGGAGCCCUUCAGGAACUCAAGCUCCUUCAGGUCCAGACAGCACUAGAAAACCUUGAUAUUUCGGGGCGGCCCAUUAACCGAGGAAUGCCCCAUCCUGCUUCCACUGCUGCUGCUGCUGAACCAUCAGCUGCAGCAGCAUCAGCUUCUGGAAACGUGUGUUGUAUCAGACAAAUCAUGCCCCAGCAGCCCAGUCCGAGUCCCAUGCCAAGUCCAAGGCAGUCUCUGGAAAGCAGAAACUCGACUAGUCCAUCUGAAAACAGAAGCAGCUUGGAAACCUCAUCUUCCUCAGCAUCCAGUCUAAAGAGUGAGAGUGAAAGAAGCGAAAGAAGUGCACGAAGCGCAAGAAAUGCAAGAAGCGAAAAUGACCUUGAGUCUAUACCAAGGAGGUGGUCAGGAUAUACCGCCCCUCAGGUGGAUUUCUGCGGACCAGUUGUAGGAAAUCCUCCACCAGAGCCCUACCCUAGCUAUCCACAGGCUCCCCAUCGUGCACAGGUAGUGGACCUGCCUGGAAUACUGUACAGUCUCUCAAGAGAGGGUCCUUCCUUAGAUAGUGAUUACUCCCAAGACAGCAUAGACGACGCCAGUGACUGGACUUCUUCACUCAUGAGCCGCUGCCGCAACCGUCAACCCUUAGUCCUGGGCGACAAUGUAUUCGCAGACCUUGUAGGCAAUUGGCUGGACCUGCCUGAGGUGGAGAGGGAGGAAGGAGAAGAAGAGGAAAGGGCAAAGAGGAGAGAGGAGAGGAUGGAUGGAGGGCCAGAAAGACCAGACACCCCGGCUCACCCUCUACGUCUUAGCCGCUCACAGGAGAUCUGCAAAAAGUUCUCAUUCACCACAAACAUCUUCAAGAAGUUCCUGCGAAGUGUCCGGCCUGACAGAGACAAGCUGCUCAAAGAAAGGCCCGGCUGGAUGGCUCCUGAACUCCCAGAGGGUGAUCUCUUUAAAAGGCCGAAGAAACUGCUUCCUAAAAAUUCAAAAGGCAGCUUUUACCUGCCAUUCUGGGCGAGUGGACAGCAGGGCAAAAGUAGCACGUGUAUGCAUCUUCCAGAGACAGAGAGGAACCACCACCACCAACACUUCCACCAGUUUUACCAGCAGCCAUUUGCAGGGAUUUAUUUAGACAGAAGGCAGCCAGAGACUGGUCUGGAGAAAAUGCAGCCCUUGUUUGACUACAACACAGCUGUGUGGGUCUGACAGUGAGUCUCUGGCCAACAGACUGCCAGUGAUGCCAGAUUGAGUGUGUGACAGGUGCUGUAGGAUUUUGGCUGUGAUAGAGGAGGGCGAAUGAAUGAGACACUUGGACACAUUUAACUUCCAAAAAAAAAAAAAAAGAAACUGCUAAAUUCACACCCACAUCAUGUUUCUCCUGCGACUGAGAGAUUAUCAGGGCAACAUUUUGUCUGACAAUCCAGAAACCUAGACCUCAUUUGAUGUGUCCGUGUGGGUGUCUGAGAAAGAAUGAGACUUUUUUAGGGUUUAUGGUGCAACUUUUGUAUUAUUCAAACUUCUUCACAUGUGCGCAUGUAUGACUGGAUGUUCUUGUUGUCCUAAAAGACGGUACUUUGAAAAAGACACCACUCUCAGAAUGUCACCACCAAUUCAACUCUUUUUAAUGCAGACUUUUUCCACUUCUGUUCAACAGGGCAUACUCUUAAUGUAUUUCACUUAUUUGCAUUUAUAAAUAGCAACACCAACUGUUGAACUGCAUGGUUACUGUUUUUAUAAGUGAUGCUACAAACAGCUGUUACUGAACGCACUGCCACUAAACAGUCCUCAGCUUCCUUUAUAGUUCCACUAGGCUGUAACAAAACUCAUGUCUAAACGAACUUGUUUUGUUCACCUUGCUCAGGGAGCGAAUGCCACACAGGAGAAAGCACUGCCACAUUUAAAAAAAAAAAAAAAAAAAAAAGGGUUUCCAAUAUAUUUUAUGGUUUUAUCUUGCUUAAAAAGCAUAACAGCAAUACGGUGCAUGACUAGUUCAAAGUUUGCCCCAUUAAACUUUGAGAUCUGUCCCUCGCAAUCAGCAGUGCUGUGCUUGCUGUCAUGUUGGAAAUGCUCACUUUUCUUCUCUGUUAUGUAGACAUGGCAAAUGUUGAGUCAACUGAAAGUCCUCGUGGGCUGCUACACAGAGAGGGGGGGGGGGGGGGGCAAAGAUGGCACAGCCAACCCCAAGUACUGACUAACUGACAGCCAUCUGGUACUCAGACGUUAUGUAAAGCUUGUUUGCCAUAAGCUUAAAGAUGCAAAAUGGGCUUGUUUAACCCCAGAGCUCCGUGAAUUAACUGAUGACUGUGUUACAUACUGUAUAUAUGCAGGUGAAUACAUUACAGGGCUGUAACAGAUAUAGGACCCAUAAUCUGUGAGGGGCAGGACAAACUGAACAGGUUAAAUGUACAGAACAUUGUACAUAUUUGUCAUCAACAGCAGCAAUAAGACUCAUUUACUAUAAUAUCCCAUUGCAUGAUUUUCAUUAUUCUGCACAGGUAAAUGUCACAAUAACAGCAGCUAAUGUAAACUUUGCUAUAGCUCUUGUACUUAAACUACAAACUGAUAAGUUCAUCUCUGAUCUACAGUAUUUAUUCUCCUGUAUCAUAAAAAACAGUAUUUUUCAUUUCAAGCAACAUCAUAACCGUUCAAAUCAAACUACAGCUUCCUUCACUAAUUCCCUCAGGGUCACAGAAGACACUGCCCACUCUCGAUUCGUUGUUUUUAUUAAGGGACCACUGAUAUGCAAAGACAAUCUGAUAUUUUUUAACUUAUUAUUGAGGAAAAAAACAUUGUUUUCACUCAGUUUUUAACAUGAUACCAGACCAAGAAUCAUACCCAGCAGGGAUUAGGCCUCAGAGGUCUUUUGAGUGUCUCGGCCAGUCGAUCCAUAUGGUGCUGUCUCUGUCUCAGUAAUCAGGUCAAUACAUACACUGCACAGUGAGAGGGUCCAACACACACACAGACGGUUUCUUCUGAGACAGUCGUGCCAUGAAGUGCAGUCUGAGAUGUCGUAUCACAUAGUAUAUGUAUGUAAAUGUAACAUUUAUUUCUUCCUAUUAAAGCUGUCUUCUGAGUGUGAUUCUCAGCACUGUUGUUGAUAUUUUUCCAUCAAGGUUCUGAGAACCUUCAGUGGUGAUCAUGUGUAAUGUGCACUGUAAAACUGUCACUGACUCUGUAAAUUAAAUUUGUUUUCAGAAAGAAGAAA